AUGCUUUCGCGCAUCUCAAGCAACCCAGCCCUCUCCUCCAAGAUCACAGAGAUGCGACUCCGCCUUUCGCCCCUCGUACGCAUCACCACCGGCACUGUUCACCCCGCCUUCCCUCCAACGGUCCUACACUACUGGCUUCUCGUGGAGUCAGAUCUAGAUGACCUGGCCCACUUCUACCACCAGCGCACACCUUCUGUCUGGACAACUCAGUACCCUCAAAUCAUGGGAUGGAGAAGCAAUUUGACGUUGGAGGAAAAGCGGAGGAAGUGGGGGAAAUUCAUCGGUUUGCGAGGAUGUGCGACUCCACAAGAUGCCAAGACGGCCGACGAGAUGUGGGAGGAGGCAAGGAGGGAGAAGUUAAGGGCAGAGGAUGAGAUGAGGAGGAAGAGGCACUGGUAUUGA